AUGAUGGAGCUGCUGGUCCAGGUGGCCUCGACCUGCAAGGAGUGCCACAGGGUGUUCCUGGCUGCCCUCCAGAAGGUGCUGGUGGCAGGCAGCUACGAUGUGGACAAGAACAGCAAGAACAGCUGCUUCAAGAACUUGAUGAGCCAGGGGGUGCUGGUGCAGAGCAAUAGCACAAGCACCUUGGGCUCCUUCAGGGUCAGCAAGGACCAGGCCUCCACCCUGGAGGGCAAGAAAAAGGCAGUGGCCCAGAAGAAGCCUACAGCAGUGGCUAAGAGCAAGAAGGCCCCUGCUAAGAAGUCAAGGGAAGCCCUGAUGAUUUGGCAUAACAUUCGGUGUUUCAGCCGCCGCCGCUCCGGCCACCGCUCCCGCCGCUCUCGGACUUCUGAGCGAGCUUCUCUCCCGCACGCACCCACCUCCCAGCUGAUCGGCGGAAAAAGCAGCUGCCGGGAGGCAGGGUCCUUAGCGCGCUGCGCAUCCCACCGCCGACUCAAGCCUCUGUUGCCGCUUCCUUGUUGCCUGCUGGUUCUUCAUUGUGCCUGCGUCGCAGCGCUGCCUUCGCUCCUUGCCGCGGUGAAUCGCGGACCUCUUUGA